GUCGCCGUGCCCACGCGCUCAUAACAUGUAAUUUUCUUCUGAAUUACAAGUAAACUGUACAAAUUAGAAACAUACGUUUAAAAAGAUACCGACCGCACUUUGCGCCCUCAUUUUUUGCCCUAAAGGGAAAAGCACUUACUUGCUACUAACAAUUCGUUAAUUUCGAGUCAAACUUUCUACAUGAAAUGGUUGUCAAAAAAACGAGACGUUAGACUCGAAUGAACAAAAUGUAGUGCGGCACCGAAGGCGGUUUGCUAUCAAUGAUGCAUCCAAAGGUCGGAGGCUGGGCGCUUGUAGCGCUGAUCAGUUCGUCGAUGGUUCUCCACACGAUAGCAUAUCCACAACAGCAUCUCCCGCUUAUCUCACAGGCAACAAGCAACGUUAGGCAACAAAAUCAACCACAGUACUACAGUAAUUCGUUGCCACAGGAAGUCGCUCAGGAGCGCAAGUUCGCUGAGAAGCCAAAUGCCUUGAAGAAAGUCGCAUUGGAUGAUAUCGACGACAUACAAACCAACUCUAUAUCUGACGGUGGAUUCUCAUGGUCUAACAUGCUUGGAAUGAUAAUGCAAAUGCUUUUCAACCCCGGAAACACUGGACCCAACAAGAGCGACAACUUGGACACCGACGUCGCAUCCUCCUCCCCCUGGGCAAAUCUCCUCUCUAUGGGCCUCAAGAUCCUGACGGCAAUCCUUGGAGGAGGCGCAUCCAGUGACGGUAUCGACAAGGUCGACAAUGGAUCCUCGCCCAUGCAGGGUAUAUUGGCUGCGGUACUGUCGACGGUGCUCGGUGCAAAAGAUCCCGACCAAGUCGCCUCCAUGGCAAAGCAGGCUGGAGAGUUCAUCAACAUCGUUGUGAACCUCCUGGACGCUUUGAAGACCUCAUUCUCUCAUCGAUCGCUGACCGCUCGAUCUAUGGGACGCAAGGACUCAGUCAGCGAUGCUGCUCUGGCCGGUAUCGCCAUGCUGAAGACCUACGUGAAAUCCUUUGGAACGAACGAUGACAGAUGUCUGCAGAAAUAUAUUUGCGACGCAAACAUUGAAUGUUCUUCUGAUAUUGGCCCUAAAAGCGUCUUCUGCCAACUUGGAACUUAUGCAGCAAGCUUCGUGAUGGAAAGGCAAUCUGGUGGUGCUUUCGAGGAGUUCACCGAGGCGGGUCGCCGUGGCCGCUCCGGUGUGGACUGCCGUCAAAUGUACCUCCAGUGCAACGAAGUCUAAGGGCGCAAACAACUUACAAAACUCGUAUCCAGUACGAAUAGCAUACAGUGAAGAAUUAUCGGAGACACUGCGUCUGCUACGAAAUUAUUAAAAUUCGAUCCAAAAUAUGUACAUCUUUCAAGUGGUUUGAUAGUAUGAACAUUGCGUGAACUACAUUAGUCAACAUUUUGGCGUACAUUUUAAAUUUCAUUUAAAAACAAUGUAAUUAGGUACACAAUUGUAAAAUUCUGUAUGGUGCCUUAUCGGGGUGUAUUGUGCUCAAAACAUAUCCCAUCGGUCGAAAGCACGUCGAAAAUAGUGUUCUAUUAAUUUAUUUAAAUUAUUUAUUUAUUUAACUUAUUCUAGAAGUUAAUAAGUAGGAAAACAAAGACAUACCCAAUCCAAACGCUCCCGUCCAGUGAAUGCUUCCAAAUCCAUUAUUAUAAAAUAAUUGGUAUGUUUGUAUUGUAGAUAUAAACAAUUACUCCUUAUUUCUAAAUACUGAAACCUACAAACCCAUUUUAACUAUUAUAAAAUUUUGCCCCUUUCUUUCAAAUGAAGAAAAUGGCUGGAAAAAAAAGGACAAAAUAUAUGAAAGCUAAAAUAGGUUUAAUAGAUGUUUAAUGGUUUUUACGAAUAAGAGUUAACAUUCCGCCAAUUUCAAUGUAAAAUUAACGACUGAUGUAAAAAUAAUUGUGUGUGAUAUAACUAACUGUUUGUAUCACAUAAUAGUUAGUAUUGUAUAUUUUAUGUGUGUGUGUGUCUGAGGACGUCCUGUGUGA